AUGGCGGUUGGUGCCGUCAUUGAGAAUUUGAGCAAUCGAAAGCUUUUUGUCAUAUUCUCAGCUCUUCUCGUUGUCCAAAUUCUUUUCUUUUUAGUUGGAGCAUGGUACGCUCCAUCACCCUCUUCGUAUAUGGAAUUUGAAAUGAUCACGUGCCGAGAUGAAACAAGAGGAUUUUCAGGAAAAUGGAUCCAUCGAGAUAAUUGUGAACAAAUCGUGUUAUCCGAGUACACUCCAGUUUCAUACGAUCUGCGAGAAAUCGUGUUCGUCGCAAAAAUGCCACAUGCCAGAGAUGGAAUCGAACUAGAAUAUUCGCCAUGGUUUCAAUUCCUACUAGGAGUUCUUCAUGUGGACGUUGCAUACAGUGAGCACUUCAAAUAUGUGUCCCAUGCACCGUUGGAACUAGAAGUACGAAUGGGAUAUCGCGAGAAGGGAUCUCAAAAAAAUGAAUGGAACGAAUUGACAACAUCAAAUGUGACAAGAAUUCUCGAAUGCACAAUUCCAGAUGAAGAAAAGAAGAAAGGUGGAACAUACGAUUGUGAUAUGCUAGAUUUGUUUGAACUCGGUUCAAGUUCAUAUCCAUUCUACCUCAUCAAUAUUCGUAUUCCAAUCGAUCAAAAUGCAUGUCAGUACAAUCCACUCAGUUCAAACUGUCAAAUUGGACAACUAACUGGUCUUCGACUCAUUGAAAUUCAUCAAAACGGUGGUUUCACUCUGAUUUGGUUGUGGACAAAAACCUUGAUGACACCUGUGGUUGGAGCUUGUCUUUGGUGGUAUUAUAAUAGAAUAAACCAAUUGGCCAGAAACCCAUUGCUUCUCGAACGCGCAAUUCUUUAUCUCGGUUUGAGUCUGGCUAUUCUCGACUUCCCAAUUGAAUGGAUCUCUUUGACGCACCGAGUGCCGUUCCUCCUACUAGUUUCUGAUCUCCGCCAAGGUCUUUUUUACACUGUACUUUUCUCAUUUUGGCUCAUUUUUGCCGGGGAACAUCUUAUUGACGACACGACAAGAAACAACAUCAAGUCUUACCGUUUCAAUCUUUCCUUCAUCAUUAUUGCUUCUGGUGCUCUUCUGAUCUACGAUCUCAUCGAGCGAGGAGUUCAACUGUAUGACCCAUUCUACAGUGUUUGGUCAUCCCCGACGGGUUCUCAAAUUGCUUAUGUUGCUAUUUUCAUCUCAGCAAUAUGCAUACUUGCUUACUUCGCCUUUUUACUUUUUAAAAUUGUAAAAGUAUGGACAACCAUCAAAAACAAGAGAAGUGCUCAACUUUACCAGACAAGCGAAAAUCGUCGACUUAAAGUGGAAGGUGUCAUUUAUCGGUUUAAAUUUCUGAUGUUGUUCACUGUUCUGUGUGCCGCAUUCACUAUCAUUGCAUACUUCAUGAAACAAUAUGGAGAAGCACAACUUCACGGGGAUGAAGCUAGAAGCGGAUUUUUGACUGGAAGUACUUCAGCAUUUUUCACUGGAACAUUUGGAAUGUGCAAUAUCUACGUAUUACUUUUACUUGCGAUGUAUGCCCCAUCACAUAAACAUUAUCGAGGAGCCACUCAAUUGAUUGACGAAAACGACGACGAAAUAAUUGAUGACCCAUCUAACCAACACACCGAAUCAAACGCCAUGACAACGUUCCUCAAACCCAGUACUGAUUAA